AUGAUAAUUAUACGUUUGAGUGCACUUGUGCUUAUGGCUACGUUGUUGGUGUCUUGCGCGGCAACGACCUGCCCGCUCCCGCUGCCAGUGGUGGAGACCGUGCGCCAAGUGACCAUGGGACCUGGGCAACGAAUCCUCUUUGUGGGAGACGUCCAUGGCAUGUACGAUCAGUUCCACAAGCUACUCGCGCAGGCCGGCACAGACGCUGAUACCACCGUCGUGCUACUCGGCGACUUCUUAACCCGGGGGACCAACCCUAAGGGCAUGCUGCACUACCUACUCACCAAUUCGCAUGCCGAUUGUGUCCUCGGCAACAACGAUAUCGCUGUGCUCUUUGCCGCCGCUAACCCGGACCGAAUUAAGCUCUUUAACCGCCAGCUGAAGAGCGACCAUGUGAACGCCUCGGACUUCUGCGCAAUUGAGUUCAGUUCCGGAGCGUUUUUGCCGCCUACAACUAUCAAGAAGGAACAUGUGCGUGUAGCCGCCGAGCUUGGUCUUAGCGCCUGCGCGCAGCUUGCCGCCCGCUGUUCGGCCCUCACUCGCUACGACCUGCCAUCCGGGGACACUGUCUUUGCCGCCCACGCAGGCCUGUUGCCUGGCGCCUGGCAUGCGCCACGCGUGUAUGACCUGGCAUGGAUGAAGUACGUUGACCCCGAUGACUGGGACCGCACGGCGAAAGAUGAAUUCGAGGGAGCGGUGCGCUGGACCGAUCUGUGGGAGUGCCCGGCAACGCCGCCGAACGUCUCUGUAGUUUACGGCCACGACGCCAAGCGCGGUCUCACGCUAGCAAACCACACAUUGGGGCUCGAUGGUGCCUGCGUUGCGGGCGGCCAGCUGGCCGCCCUUGACUACCAUGUGUCGGUCGGCGGCUAUAAGCGUACGCUGCACGUGGUAAGCUGUGAUUAUGUAACAGGCGGUUACCCGGUUUAA